UGUUUGAAAAUAACUUUAUCUGUAAUGAAUAUUCCCGGCGUUCAUAGAAAGCGUGAAGUAGUACAUUUCCAACGAAUGUUCGUUGCAGUAAAGAAAACGAUUUUGUGCUUUGUCGCAAAUUCAGUAAUUGCAACUGGUAUUGCAGAUAAAUCGUGAAAGACGAUACAACUGUGACUAUGUCUGACGCCGAGGAAGAUUAUGAACUCGAGUACUCAGAGGACGACGAUUCGCAACCUGAUGUUGACCUCGAGAAUCAAUAUUAUAACUCCAAGGCACUUAAGGAAGAUGAUCCCCAGGCAGCACUACAAAGUUUCCAGAAGGUAUUGGAUUUGGAAGGCGGUCAAAAAGGAGACUACGGGUUUAAAGCACUAAAACAAAUGGUGAAGAUCAACUUUCAGCUUGGAGAAUUCAAAGAAAUGAUGUCUCGCUAUAAGCAAUUGCUGACGUACAUCCGUACUGCAGUAACCAGAAACUACUCCGAGAAAUCAAUUAACUCGAUUCUCGAUUACAUUUCAACUUCAAAAAAGAUGGACCUUCUACAAGAAUUCUACGAGGUUACUUUGGAAGCGUUACGAGAUGCUAAAAAUGAUCGUCUUUGGUUUAAAACAAAUACGAAACUUGGCAAGCUAUAUCUUGACAGGGAAGAGUGGAACCGGUUAGCGAGAAUCCUCCGUCAGCUUCACCUGAGCUGUCAAAAUGUCGACGGUAGUGACGAUCUGCGGAAGGGUACUCAACUAUUGGAGAUUUACGCACUAGAGAUUCAGAUGUACACGAGCCAAAAGAAUAAUAAGGAGCUCAAAAAACUCUACGAGGCAUCACUGCAGAUAAAAAGCGCAAUUGCGCAUCCGCUUAUUAUGGGCGUUAUUCGUGAGUGUGGUGGCAAAAUGCAUCUUCGGGAGGGAGAAUACAAUUCGGCUCACACGGACUUUUUUGAGGCUUUUAAGAACUACGAUGAGAGUGGUUCACCACGACGCACCACUUGCCUUAAGUACCUCGUUUUGGCAUCUAUGCUUAUGCAAAAGGAAAGUGCCAAAGUGAUCAACGUUCUGGAUUCUCAGGAAGCAAAACCAUAUAAAGAUGACCCGGAAAUUGUUGCGCUUACUGAUCUGGUUGACGCUUACCAGGCGCAUGAUAUAAGCCGUUUUGAGUCAAUUGUGUCAGGCCCUCACAAGGAGUCGAUCAUGAAGGACGCAUUCAUUAAGGAACACAUCGAGCAACUUCUGCUUAACAUACGACGGCAAGUAUUAAUUCGGCUGAUUCGCCCUUAUACACGCAUUACAAUCUCGUUCAUUUCCCGAGAGUUGAAUAUCCCCUCUGCGGAAGUGGAGAGCCUACUUGUAUCAUGCAUCCUCGAUAAUACUAUUAAUGGACGUAUUGACCAGGUAAAGCAGGUGUUGGAAUUAAAUCCAUCGCCCACGGAUCGACGAUACACAGCAAUGGAGAAGUGGGCUGCCCAAGUGCAACUGAUUCAGAGUACUGUUGUGGGAAAGCUGCUUUGAAAGGCUUGCUAAAUGUUCAAUUGUAAAUGAUGUAAUGUUUUACGUGCAAAAGCUGUAAAGGAAUACCGAACUUAUCUUGACAAUGGUUUUAAACAACUAUUGUAUAAUCUACAGCAAUCUACAAUAAAACCUUCAACGUGGUAACGUC